AUGUUAGACCAAUCCAGUGAGUCGUCACUAUCAAAUACAAAACAGAUUCCGUUGAAAUGCGCAAUUUGUGAUGAACCUGCUCGUGGCAUUUAUUUCGGUGUUCUUUCAUGUCCAUCAUGUAAAAUGUUUUUCCGACGGAAUGCUGAGAAAAAAAUCCAAUGUUACCGUAAUAAUCAAUGUAAGAUCAAUAUCACCAAUCGUCAUAUUUGUGCUGCAUGUCGAUUAGCGAAAUGUUUUCAAUGUGGAAUGGACAUGAACUUGUUUCGUAAUCCUUCUUCUACCAAAACGAGAACCAAAAAAUCAGUACAAGUUACUUCUUUGGUCAAAUCAUACGAACCACAAAUGUUACCAACAUUGAAUAUUCUACGAGCGGAUACGUCAAGAUUGAAUAAUGAUGAAUGGACUCUUCUUUCCAAUUUGGUACAUAGUUAUGAUGAACGAAAGGUUCUUCCUGUCUGUGAAAGUUUAUAUAAAGACGAUGAAAGUUUACAAUUAAUGCAACCAGCAAAUGAAACAUUGAUUAAACAAUUCUUUAUGUUACUUUACGAAACAACGGAAUUAUGUCUUCGUUCAAACGGUGAUCUUCGGCAUUUAGCAUACAAUGAUCGUUUAGUUUUGCUUCGUACAGGUGCAGAUUCAAUUGCUUGUUACGGUGGAGUAUUUUCAAUGUAUCAAUUUCAAUUGAACAUUUGUCGAUCUUUCUUGAAAGCACUUUUUCGAAUCUAUGGAGAACAUAGUCUUUAUCUCACAUUAAAUUCAAUCAAAUUUAUCGAUCAUGACAUUGUGCUCAAUAAAAUAGCAUGUUUGUUGUUACUUUUCACUAGAACGACUUGUAUAUUUUCACCAACAGCGCUAUCCUCGGAUCAAAUGAACACAAAUGUCAUUUUUAAAAUUCAAAAUCAAUAUGCAGAUGUCACAUGGAAAUAUCUUUUGUAUAGAUAUGGUCAUUGCGAAGCUGUUCAAAGAUUUACGAAUUUGAUUCAAUCUCUUUUGGCUGUUAUUCAAAUGAUGUCACAAGUUCAAAGUGUUCAAUCACAUGUCAAUGAUAUCGAAAGAAUUGUGGAAAAUACAGAACUCGAAUUUAUUUUAGAAGAUAUUGAGCAAUUUAAUGACAUAAUCACACCUUAA